GGCUGCAGGGCGAAGCGGAGUGAGAGCAGCGGAACAAGCCUGACAGAGUUUGGACUGAGAGCAGCCGCGAAACUGAAGCUCCUGAGUGCCUCCUGCAACCUGUUGCCGUCCCCCUCGUCUCUGAAAGUUUUUUGACACGAGGUAAUGGACUAUUAAGGAGACUUCUGACUUCCACAGCAACUUAAAAACGAGAAGUCUAAAUCGCCGCUCCCCUCACAUCACCCACAGCUUCCACAAAAGCAGCGACCAUGGGCAAACAGAACAGCAAGCUCCGUCCCGACGUCAUGCAGGACCUCAUGGAAAACACGGACUUCACCGAGCACGAGAUCACGGAGUGGUACAAGGGCUUCUUGCGGGACUGCCCCAGCGGCGCGCUCUCCAUGGAGGAGUUCAAGAAGAUCUACGCCAACUUCUUCCCGUACGGAGACGCCUCCAAGUUCGCCGAGCACGUCUUCCGCACGUUUGACGCCAAUGGAGACGGAACUAUAGACUUCAGGGAGUUCAUCAUCGCCCUGAGUGUGACCUCUCGUGGUCGGCUUGACCAGAAGCUGAAGUGGGCGUUCAGUAUGUACGAUCUGGACGGGAACGGAUACAUUAGCAAAGCAGAGAUGCUGGAGAUCGUAACGGCUAUUUACAAGAUGGUUUCCUCUGUGAUGAAGAUGCCUGAGGAUGAGUCUACACCUGAGAAACGCACAGACAAAAUCUUCAGGCAGAUGGACACAAAUCGAGAUGGUAAACUGUCCCUGGAGGAGUUUGUUGAGGGAGCGAGGAACGAUCCCUCCAUCGUGCGACUGCUUCAGUGUGACCCCAGCAGUGCUGGACAGUAGAAAAACUGGACAUUUUUCCCCUAUCGCAGUUUGAUUAAUUUAACACAUUUUUUUCAGAAUCUCUCCCUGCUGACCCACCUGAGAUUGUUGACAUUUGAUCACGAGCUGUAGAGGCACAUGCACACGCACACACACGCAUACAUACACACACACAAAUAUACAACUGCACAUACAACAAAUACCAAAGCCUGCUGCAUGUAUAAUCUUUCAGAUGACCCCAUGCACACUGUGUACAUGUGCCUCUACGUCAGGUCAAAAGCUACAGACAGCACGGGUCUCAUAAACGGUACAAAUAUAACUCACUGGACUAAAAUCCCAUCAAAGACUUUGUUAAACACUGAAUCAAAGUUGCUCUAUCUCUGUCUGAGAGGACAGCCUGCGAGGAUAAUCCAACAGAUUCGUGAGGUACACUGAGCCGAAUCCAAGUUUCUUCUUAUUCUUUUUCUUGGAAACACGAUUCCUUAGUUCAAAGGGAAUCACGCUGUUCUCUUUUCACUGGUUGUUGAGUGACGACAGACAGAUUUUCACAAAGUAUUGCAAUCUAACACUGGAUGAAAUGAAGUAUGUGAGUUUGGGACGACACAGCUUGCAGUAUGUAGACAGGAGAUCUCGAAAAUUUGAUUUUAACUUUAGAAGAAUUUUAGAAGGGAUGAAAGAUUAGUUUUAAAUGUUUAUUUUGGAGUCCUACAUCAAAUCAACUGACUCGUGUUUCUUCAUGAAGGGCAAUAUUUUGACUACAGAUCACAACCAUCUGUUCCUCUGAAAGUGACUUUUUAUGCCAAGUUCUGUGUCCUCACACACGCACAAGUCUACAUAAACACACACCUUCGUGUUACUGAUGAACACAUGAACUUGACACAUGCAUAUAAACUGAGCUGUGAUUCUCUUCAACUAUGACUCAACAAGUGUAUAAGCAAAAAAAAAAAGAAAAGUUAGAUGUUAUAUGAAUAUAUAGUAUGUUACUUAUAUAUUCUUUUACUCUGUGAUGACAUUGUGACGGUUUGCCGCGAUGGAAGAAAUUCACUUUAAAAAAUUUUGACGUAUAAAUUAUUGGAAUGUGAUGAUAU